UGUGCUCUUAGACUCCCUCCCCCUCGAAAAGAGGCUUCUUCCCUUAAAGAGGUUGUGGGGCGCGAGACCGCGGCGGCCAGCAGGACUGAAGCGACACAGCGCGAGCGCGCGCCCGCUGCUCCUCAAUCCUCUCUCUCAGCUCCGCAUCACCAGAUUAAUUCAUGUGCUGCUGACUCCCUGCUAAAAAAUGAAGAGAAGGUUGUUGUGGGCCACUGUUGCCCUCCUAGCAAUAUUACUGAAUGUAGCGGAGGCUCAAGUGGAGCCUCCCUCGGACUUGAAAUUUAAAAUCCUAAAUGAAAACACAGUGCUAAUGUCAUGGAAAAAGUCAUUGUCUCAAAUACAAAGCUACAGAAUACAAGUAACAUCAGACAUAGAUGAUUUGAAAGACUUCACUCUUCCUGCCUCAGCCACAAGCACUAAUAUUACAGACCUUACACCAGACAUAGAUUAUUCUGUUUCAAUCAGCUCCUAUGAUGGUGUAGAUGAAAGCAUUCCUAUAUUUGGCCAAUUGACAAUUCAGUCCAGUAACACAAGUGGGACUGCAAGGAAACCAGUUAUGGAGACCGUUAAGUGCUCAAUGAGUGCUAUAGCAGAUUUGGUUUUCCUGGUGGAUGGCUCCUGGAGUGUUGGAAGGGAAAACUUCAAAUACAUCCGGAAUUUCAUUGGCGCUGUGGCAGGAGCCUUUGACAUCGGAGAGGACAGGACCAGGGUGGCUGUAGUCCAGUACAGCACAGACACCAGAACUGAAUUCAACCUGAACCAGUAUUUCAGACGGGCAGAACUCCUCCAGGCCAUCAGAAACCUGCCCUACAAAGGGGGCAACACUAUGACAGGUGAAGCUAUUGACUAUUUGGUGAAAAACACUUUCACUGAAGCAGCUGGAGCCAGGAAAAGUUUCCCCAAAGUGGCCAUCAUUAUCACAGAUGGAAAAUCACAAGACCCUGUCGAUGAGUAUGCCAGAAGAUUACGGAACAUUGGAGUUGAAGUUUUUCUCUUAGGAAUCAAAGGUGCAGAUGAAGAUGAAAUUAGAGUAAUAGCCUCCACCCCUCACAGCACACAUGUGUACAGUGUUUUAGACUUUGACUUAAUUAAAGAAGUGCAGCAGCAGCUUAUCACACAGGUGUGCCUUGGUGUGGAGGACCAGCUCAACUCCCUUGCGAGUGGUGAAGAAGUUGUUGAGCCAGCCUCAAACCUCCAAGUGACAGAGAUCUCCUCCAAGUCCAUGAGAGUGACCUGGGAUGCAUCUCCAGGUGAUAUCACAGGCUACAAGUUGCAGCUCAUGCCUAUGCUUACGGGCAGCAAGAGACAGGAGCUGUACACAGGACCCACCCAGACCUCAGUAAAUGUCAGGGACCUGUCCCCUGAAACAGAAUAUGAGAUCAGCUUAUUUGCCCUUAAAGACUUUACACCAAGUGAGCCAGUGAUGGCAAUGGAGAAGACUCAGCCUGUCAAAGUGUCAGUAGACUGUUCACUGGAUGUUAACAUUCAAGCUGACAUUGUCCUGCUCGUUGAUGGUUCAUACAGCAUAGGACUGGCUAACUUUGCUAAAGUGAGAUCCUUCCUUGAGGUGCUGGUCAAUUCCUUUGACAUUGGUCCCAACAAAGUGCAGAUAAGCUUGGUGCAGUACAGCAGGGAUCCUCACACCGAGUUUGCCCUCAAUAAACACCAUGACAUUUCCGCUGUGGUGAAGGCCAUUCGCGCAUUCCCCUACCGCGGAGGCUCCACCAACACUGGCAAGGCUAUGACCUACGUGAGGGAGAAGAUCUUUGUGUCAAGUCGUGGUGCCCGUCAAAGUGUGCCACGGGUCAUGGUGCUCAUCACUGAUGGCAAGUCCUCUGACUCCUUCAAAGACGCUGCUACCAACUUGAGGAAUACAGAUGUGGAGAUCUUCGCUGUGGGAGUUAAGGAUGCAGUGCGAUCAGAGUUGGAGGCUAUUGCCAACCCCCCUGCUGAGAAUCAUGUAUUUGAGGUGGAGGACUUUGAUGCCUUUGAGAGGAUCUCUAAAGAACUGACACAGUCUAUCUGCCUCAGGAUUGAGCAGGAGCUCCUAAACAUCAAGAAGAAAAGUUUGCAUUCACCAAAGUCCUUAACAUUCUCUGAGGUGACAUCCAGGAGUUUCAGGGCUACUUGGGUCUCUGAUGCCACAGAUGUACUGUCUUUCCUGGUGCGUUACCGGCCAGCUGCUGAUAUAACAGGCGACUACAUCUCUCUGGCUGCGCCUCAUGACACCACCACUGCUGUGUUGCGUUAUCUCACACCACUCACCACCUAUGAGGUUGAUGUCAUUGCCCAGUAUGAAAAAGGAGACAGCUUUCCAUUAACAGGAGAAGAGACCACUUUAGAAGAGCAAGGAGCGGUCCGUAACCUUAGAGUAACGGAGGAGACCACAGACAGUUUCAGGGUUUCAUGGCAGGCAGCUCCAGGGGCUGUUCUGCGCUACAGAUUGUUCUAUGAGCCCAUCAGUGGUGGGGAGAGACUGGAGGCAGAGACUGAAGGUAGCCAGACUACUACUGUGCUACAGGAGCUGUUUCCUAUCACCACUUACCGUGUGACCGUUAAUGCUGAAUAUGCAUCUGGCAUGGGGCCCCCGUUGGACACUCAGGGCACCACCAAAGAAGCUAAGGGCUCUCCACGGAAUCUGAGGGUCUUUGAUGAGACAGAGUCCACCAUGAAGCUCUCUUGGCAGGCUGCUCCUGGGAAUGUGCUUCAGUACCACAUAGCUUAUAAGCCUGAAGGUGGUGAGAGGAAAGAGAUUUCUGUUAAAGGAGACUCCACAACUGCCACGCUCAAGAAUCUCUUGCCAGACACGGAAUACGAGAUUUUUGUUAGUGCCCACUACUCAUCUGGCAUGGGAGAUCCACUCCUAGGAAGAGGCACCACACUGGAAGUCCUUGGCUCUCCUAAAGACUUGGUCACAAAGGAUGUCACUGAGUCCAGCUUUGCUGUCUUCUGGACAGCAGCACCUGGCAACGUUCGCCAUUACCGGGUCACCUGGAAAUCCCUGUUCUCCGAUGAGGCUGGGGAGAAGACGGUGCCUGGUGAUGUCACCACCACCGUGCUUGAGGGGCUGACACCAGAGACGCGCUACAAGGUUUUUGUCUAUGCCGCCUACGGCCUUGGAGAGGGAGAGCCACUGGUGGGAGAGGAAACCACAGAUGUCUCAGCUGCAGCCAGAGCCAUAGUUGUAAGUGAGGAGACAGAGAAGAGCAUGCGGGCAACUUGGCAGCCAGCGCCGGGCAACGUUGUUAAUUACAGGGUGACGUACAAGGCUCAUGAUGGAGCCCGGGCAAUGGUCACCAAAACCUCAGGUGGCACUACAACCGUUGUCCUGCGGCGCCUACAGCCCAUUACCACCUAUGAAAUCAUAGUAAUUCCUGUCUACAAACAUGGAGAUGGAAAAGCAAGGCAAGGAACGGGAACCACAUUGUCACCAUUCAAAUCUCCAAGAAAUUUACAAACAUCUGAGCCCACUAAGACCAGUUUCAGGGUGACAUGGGACCCUGCACCUGGAGAUGUAAAGGGCUAUAAGGUGACUUUCCACCCUACUGGUGAAGAGGUAGACUUGGGAGAGCUUGUUGUUGGACCCUUUGACAACACAGUGGUGCUGGAAGAGCUAAGAGCUGGCACCAAGUACACUGUGAGUGUGUUUGGUGUAUUUGAUGGUGGAGAGAGUAUGCCCUUGGCUGGAGAAGAAAAGACCACUCUGUCUGAUGAGCCUGCUCCUCCUCCACUUGGUGCUUCAGACGUAAUGUGCAAAACAACUGCCCAGGCUGAUAUUGUCCUGCUGGUUGAUGGCUCCUGGAGUAUAGGACGUCUGAAUUUCAAGACCAUCAGGGCGUUCAUUGCUCGCAUGGUGGGCGUUUUUGACAUCGGCCCAGACCGUGUCCAGAUUGGUUUGGCCCAGUAUAGUGGAGAUCCAAAGACUGAGUGGCAUCUGAAUGCACAUAAAACUAGAGACUCACUGCUGGAGGCUGUAGCCAACUUGCCUUACAAAGGAGGAAACACGAUGACAGGUCUUGCUUUGAAUUACAUCCUGCAGAACAAUUUCAAAGCUAACGUGGGCAUGCGUCCAAACUCCCGUAAAAUCGGAGUCCUCGUCACCGAUGGCAAAUCGCAGGAUGACAUUAUUACCAACUCUCAAAAUUUGCGUGACAAUGGCAUUGAGCUCUAUGCUAUUGGUGUGAAGAAUGCUGAUGAGAAUGAGUUGCGCUCCAUCGCCUCUGAUCCUGAUGAAACCCACAUGUACAAUGUGCUGGAUUUCUCCUUUCUUUUGGACAUCGUUGAUGACCUGACAAACAACCUGUGUUCAAGUGUCAAAGGCCCAGGAGGAGGACCAGCAGCACCCACUGACCUGGUGACCUCUGAUGUGACCUACCACUCAUUCCGUGCCACCUGGAAUGGCCCUGAGGGCCCUGUUGAAAAGUACCGUGUUGAGUACUUUCCAGUCUCUGGAGGACAAUCUCUACAGUUGACUGUGGAUGGCAAUUUGAAUACUGUGGAGCUGGAAGGUCUCGAUCCAUUGACCGAAUACUCAGUGAAUGUUUACUCUGUGGUUGGAGAAGAGAGCAGUGAGCCCCUGAGCGGCACAGAAACCACAUUGCCCCUAAAUUCUAUAAGGAGAUUGACCAUCUACAAAGUUGGCUCCACCACCAUGAAGGUGAAGUGGGAGAAAACCGAAGGAGCUACUGGCUACAAAUUGCAAUACUCAGCUAUAAAUGCCACUGGUCCCACCACCAAGAGAGAGAUGCGUGUGAAAGCCAAGAUCACGGAUGUCCAGCUGAAGAAGCUUCUUCCCAGCACAGCGUACACCGUCACACUCUUCGCCCUGAAAGGCGAAACGGCCAGCUCUCCUCUCACUGCUCAAGGGGUGACCCUGCCGCUGCCUCCACCCGGCGAGCUGACUAUAACAGAUAUAACUCACAGCAGCAUGCUUCUGAACUGGGACGCUGCACCUGGGGUUGUACGCAAAUACAUAAUUACUUACAAACCUGCGGAUGCCGAGAGUAAAGAGCUUGAAGUGGAUGGAGAUGUAACAACACAGAGCCUGGAAAAUCUAAAGUCUCAAACUGAAUAUGACGUGGCUGUCACUCCAGUAUAUGAUUCUGGAACUGGAAACCCAAUGCUCAAUCAGGCCACCACAGAUGCUGUACCAGCACCAAAGAAUCUGAGGUUCUCUGAAGUGACACUAACUAGUUUUAAGGCUCACUGGGAGCAUGGCGCCCCUGACGUAGCCCUCUACCGCAUCGGCUGGUCGAAGUCAGGAGUGAACGACUACGUACAUGAUAUUUUGAGUGCUGAGGAGACCACUCAUCUCUUGGAAAACCUAGAACCAGACACACUGUAUGAUGUUUCGGUUACAGCAAUCUACCCAGAUGAAUCAGAGAGUGAGGACCUCACUGGAAGCCAGCGCACAUUAUCCAAGAUAGUUACACCUGCUCCCAGUGGUCCCCCUCAGAACCUGCAGGUGUUUAAUGCCACCAUCACCUCCCUCACGGUGAAAUGGGAUCAUGCCCCUGGCAAAGUCCAGAACUACAGGAUCACAUAUGUGCCUACUGCAGGAGGCAGGUCGCAGUCGACUCAGAUUGGUGGGAAGAAGAACACAAUUAAUCUGCAAAAGUUGACUCCUGACACCCCCUACUCCAUCACUGUGACAGCUGUGUAUCCAUCCAAAGAGGAGAAAGACAUAUCUGGUGAAGGAAAGACAUUGGCCCUUGGAGGAGUGCGACAAAUUCGAGUCACUGAUCCUACCACCAGCUCUCUGAAUGUGUUGUGGGAGCCAGCUGAGGGCAAUGUGCGCCAGUAUAGGAUCUUCUAUCAGUCUGUGCCAGAGGGACCAGAGGACAUGGUCCAAGUCUCUGGAAGCACUUUUAGCACUGUCUUGAAGAAUCUACAAUCUGACACUGUGUAUGCUGUCACUGUAGUUCCAGUAUAUGCGGCUGGCGAGGGCAAACGCCUGACUGAAAAUGGAAAGACAUUGGAACGCUCACCUGCCAGGAGUAUCAAGGUUUACAACCCCACUACAAACACACUGAAUGUGCGCUGGGAGCCUGCUUCAGGUGAUGUCCAGCAGUACAGGGUUGUCUACGCUCCUCUGACAGGAACACGUCCCUCUCUGUCGGUCCUUGUUGAGGGGGAUACCCAUACUGCCUUGUUGGAGCAGCUGCUGCCAGACACUGAGUACUCAGUUGCUGUGGUUGCACUCUAUGCUGAUGGAGAGAGCGCUGCAGUGGAAGACAAUGGCAAAACAUUGCCACGCAGUGCUCCCAGGAACAUGCGUGUCUAUGACCCCACCACAAACACUCUGAGUGUGAGCUGGGAGCAUGCAGUAGGACCAGUGCAGCAGUACCGCAUCACCUAUGCACCAACCACUGGGGACCCCAUUGAAGAGUUUACAAGUGUUCCUGGCAACAGGAACAAUGUCAUCUUGCAGAACCUUCAGCCAGACACACCUUAUAGGAUCAAUGUGAUGGCUUUUUACCUGGAUGGUCCUGGAGGAGAGCUUUCUGGAGAUGGACACACUUUGGGACUUAUGGAGCCACGUAACUUGCGUGUGUCGGAUGAAUGGUACAAUCGUUUCCGUGUUUCAUGGGACCCGGCACCUGCCAAGGUUAAUGGGUACAAGCUAACCUACACGCCAGAGGGUACCGAUAGGUCUCAGGAGGUGUUCGUUGGAGAUGUGACCACACAAAUUCUUCACAACCUUGAGCCUGGCACUACGUAUGAUGUGAAGGUCUUUGCCCAGUAUGAUGCUGGCAUGAGCGGCCCUCUUGUAGGCCAGGGCACGACCUUGUACCUGAAUGUUACCGACCUCACAACAUACAAUGUGGGUUAUGACUCAUUCUGCCUAAGGUGGUCUCCACAUCGAGCUGCUACCUCUUACAGAAUUAAAAUUAACCCCUUUGACCCCUCUAACCGUGGGGCCAAUGAGGUCACUGUUACAGCUGCGCAGAGUCAAUACUGUUUUGAUGGCCUGAGCCCAGAUGCAUUGUACAACGCCACCGUAUACACUCAGACACCCAAUCUGGAGGGACCUGGAGUCAGCACUAAAGAGCGCACUCUUGUGAAGCCCACCGUAGCCCCUACACUGCCACCAACUCCUCCUCCACCUCCUACUAUCCCUGCUGCCCAGGAGGUGUGCAAAGGUGCUAAAGCCGACCUGGUGUUCCUCAUUGAUGGCUCUUGGAGUAUUGGAGAAGAGAGCUUUAAUAAAGUGCUCCAGUUUGUGUUCAGCAUGAUCGGAGCAUUUGAUGUCAUCAGUCAUGAAGGCAUGCAGGUGUCCUUUGUGCAGUACAGUGAUGAUGCCAAGACAGAAUUCAAGUUGAACACGUACCAUGACAAGGGAAUGUCUCUGUCUGCAGUGCAGAUGGUCAACUACAGAGGAGGAAACACCAAAACAGGCUCUGCUCUGAAGCAUGUGGGAGAGAAAGUCUUCACCUCAGACAAUGGUAUGAGGAGGAACGUUCCAAAGGUUCUGGUGGUCGUGACUGAUGGCCGCUCUCAGGAUGAUGUUAAGAAGAGUGCUGCCAAACUGCAACAUUCUGGAUUCAGCGUGUUUGUUGUGGGUGUGGCAGAUGUGGACAUGACAGAACUGAGGAAUAUCGGAAGCAAGCCGAGCGAGAGACAUAUCUUUGUGGUUGAUGAUUAUGACGCAUUCUCAAAGAUACAAGACAACCUCAUUACGGUCAUCUGUGAAACAGCAACGUCAACAUGUCCUUUGAUUUAUCUGAAUGGAUUCACAUCACCAGGCUUUAGGAUGCUUGAGGCCUUCAACAUCACUGACCGAACCUUCGCUGCCAUGAAUGGAGUGUCAAUGGAAGCGGGCACUUUCAACAGUUUCGUGUCCUACCGACUUCAUAAGGAUGCAUUUCUCUCCCAACCAACAAAGGAAAUCCAUCCAGAUGGACUGCCUCCAUCUUACACCCUCAUACUUCUCUUCCGGUUGCUCCCUGAUACCUCCAAGGAUGCAUUUGACUUGUGGCAGAUUUCAGAUAGCAGUAACAACCCUGAAGUUGGUCUUACUGUUAACCCUUCCAGCAAAGUCAUCACAUUCUACAACAAGGAUACUAGAGGCGAGCUCCAGAAAGUUACCUUCAAUAAUGACAAAGUUAAGAGGAUCUUCCAUGGAAGCUUCCACAAGCUUCACAUCACUAUUUCACCGAAACACGUCAAGCUGAACAUUGACUGCCAAGAGAUUGAAGAGAAACCGAUCAACGAGGCUGGCAACAUCUCCAAAGAUGGCUAUGAGGUUCUUGGUAAAAUGGCUGGUGGUACGAGGAGGCAAUCAGCAGCAUUCCAGCUCCAGAUGUUUGAUAUUGUCUGCAGUAUGGGAUGGACAAGUCGAGACAAAUGCUGUGACCUGCCAGCAACAAGAGAUGAAGCAAAAUGUCCAGCACUUCCCCACUCAUGCACUUGUGCUCAGGAUAGCGUAGGGCCUCCAGGACCUGCUGGCCCUUCGGGCAGUCCUGGUACAAAAGGCCCACGUGGUGAUAGAGGAGACACUGGUCCCGCGGGUCCAAUGGGCCCACGUGGAGAGCAGGGCUCCCCAGGACAAAUGGGACCACCAGGCCCACAAGGCCCUAAUGGAAUAUCUCUUCCUGGAGAGCCAGGACGGGCUGGACCAAAAGGAGAUCCUGGUGACCCUGGGCUACCUGGCCUGAGAGGCUCUGUUGGUGCUCCAGGUCCUAUCGGUCCUGUUGGGCCACCUGGAGCAAGGGGACAACCGGGACCUGAAGGCCCAUCUGGACCUAGAGGCCCCCCAGGACAAAUGGGAAGCCCUGGAAACCCUGGAAUGCCAGGACUUACUGGUAAACCAGGGAAUGCUGGACAGCCAGGACUUCCUGGACCUGCUGGCAUUAAAGGAGAAAAGGGUGAGAGGGGAGAUGCUGCUUCCCAAAACAUGAUGAGAUCCAUUGCAAGACAAGUCUGUGAGCAGCUAGUUAACAGACAAAUGAGCAGAAUUGACAUGAUGUUCAACCAGAUCCCUAGUGGAUACCGCAACAACAAUCCUGGUCCUGCUGGGCCUCCAGGCCCUCCUGGGAACCAGGGACCUCGUGGAGAACCAGGUCAAACUGGACAAAAUGGUUUCCCUGGCAGCCCAGGUUUACCAGGGCCUCAGGGAGAAAGAGGAUUGCCAGGAGAGAAGGGUGAGAGAGGCGCUCCAGGUGCUGGCACUCGGGGACAGAGGGGAUUACCUGGACCACCUGGACCACCAGGUUUAUCCCAGACUGGCCCUCCUGGACCUGCAGGCUCAGAUGGGCCACGUGGGCCAUCAGGGCGCCCGGGUUCUCCAGGUAUCAGAGGACCACAAGGACCUCCAGGUUACUGUGAUUCCUCACAGUGUGUUGGAAUUCCAUACAAUGGAGGAGGAUACCAGGGUAUGGCAUAGUAUGCAUAGUAUGCUGCGUGUCCUCCUUAAGCAUUGACAUCCUGAAAAAACAAACCUGUGUCUGAGAGAUCAGCGCACUUUCUAAUAAGCUUUUUAAGGAUAACAACCAUGGAUUUGAUUAAUGAACAUUUGCACACCAACUCUAAAACCAAAUCAAACCAAAGAAUGGACUGGACUGCCACUAACACCAGCUCACUGCUACUCUAUCAGGCAGGUGACAGUGAUGGCUACAUACCUGUGGCCUGGUUGCAUCUUGAACUCCAAAGCAACAAACAGCAAGAGUGAGCUUCCUUUUGAGGAAGAAGCAUGUAAAGCUACUAACCAUGAUGAGUAUAGCUGAGUUCAACAGUGAUAAUAACAGAAGAGGUAUUUGUAUAUAAACCUUGUAAAUUAAUUUUAGUUACACAGUCAUCUAAAAUGGGUUAAUAUCUGUCAUCAAGCUUGUGCCUCUUAACUUGCUUCUUACUGACUGCCAACAUAACCUUUAUAUAUUUUAUUUUGUUAUUAUUUUCUUACAUUGCUUUAACUGGUGAAUACAGCCUCCGCUCAGGUUAAAACUGUAGCAUGUGCUUUUAGGAGCCAUGAUCUUCUUGGUUUUGUUUGCAGAAUGCUGUAUUCACAAAUGAGUCUUUUUUUUUGUGAUUUAUCUUAUGCUAUAAUACCUCGGUGUGCCUUAAGGAAGAGCAUAAGUAGCUCAGUCACAACUAUUGGUAGUCCUUUUUACGUUACCACUUGAAUUUUAUCAUUUCUAGUUUUUCUUCUUCUAUACCAAGUGCUAGAUUUAGACUCAUGGUAUAGAACCAGCAAUGAUUGUAGUCACAUCUCAAGUCCAAGUUAACUUUUUGCAUUUAACUCCAAAUACCAGUUACUAAAACCCACAAUGCAUAUGUUCCAUUGGCCAAAUAAUAUUUCCAACCAGGCCCCUACCAGCCUGAGCCUGAACCCCAAGUAGUGCCAAUCCCUGAGGAACCAUCAGAAGAUACUGUGACAGAGAUUCAGUCCCCCGGUUUACAAAACCAGCGUGGGAAGCGAUCGCUAUCAACAGAGGGAACUAAAAGGAU